CAAAUCCAAUCCAAUCCAUUCCGCCAUUACGGCAAGUCUGUCGGGCAUCGUGGCGGCGAAGUAUAGAGAUUUUCUUGGUUUGAAUUUAUGGACUAAAGGGAAAUCAGUGAUUGAAAGAUCUGUAUAUUAAUCUUAAAACUGUGGAGUCAUGGCUGACGAUGAAGCGCUCUUUGACCCCACGUUGAAAAAGAAGAAGAAAAAGAAGAAGACACCGUUUGACCCAAGUGCUUUUGAGGAUGGAGCAGCCCCAGAUCAAGCAACAGAAAACGGAAUCGAAAAAGAAGACGCUGAAAAGGAGAAUAAAGACGAAAAGGAGGAAGAUCCAACCCUAGACUUAGAUGAAUUGUCUGGACUAAAGAAGAAGAAGAAGAAAAAGAAACCUUUCAACCUUGAUGAGCUUGAUGCUGCAUUGCCAGAUGCGGAGCCUAAGGAUGAUGCAGUGACAGCUGUAGAUGACGAAAAGGAAGAAGACAAGGAAGGUGCAGGGCUAGAUGUGGAUGAUCUUGACUUUAACUUGCCCAAAAAGAAGAAAAAGAAGAAGAAGAUAACCUUUGAGGCCAUAGAGACUGAUGGCCCUGGAGGGGAGGAGGACGAGGAUACAACUUUUGCCGAUGAGUUGGACACAAGGUCAUCUGCAGCUGCCUCUUCCACUACAUGGUCAGGCAGUGACAGGGAUUACACCUAUGAUGAGCUGCUGCAGCGAGUGUUUAAUAUAAUGCGUGAGAAGAACCCUGACAUGGUUGCGGGAGAAAAGAAAAAGCUGGUGAUGAGACCUCCACAGGUUCUGAAAGUGGGCACGAAGAAGUCAUCCUUCGCUAAUUUCCUGGAAAUCUGCAAAAUGCUACAUCGUCAACCCAAGCACGUACAAGCCUUCUUACUAGCAGAACUGGGCACAAGUGGCUCUGUGGAUGCUAACAAUCAACUCAUCAUCAAGGGCAGGUUUCAGCAGAAGCAAAUUGAAAAUGUGCUGAGGAGGUAUAUCAAGGAAUAUGUGACGUGCCACACAUGUCGGUCACCAGACACCAUCCUUCAGAAGGAUACAAGGCUGUUCUUCCUACAGUGCGAGAAGUGUGGGUCACGAUGUUCUGUCGUCAGCAUCAAAUCUGGUUUCCAGGCUGUUACAGGAAAGCGUGCAGCCAUCAGGGCCAAGACAGUGGGUUGUCUUUGUUUGAGAUACGGUUUAACCAUGGAGAAAGAAUUCGAAGAAAUCGACUCCAAAAACUCGUGGGGUGCCGUUUAUCAGAAAAUACGCCAUAAAUCCGGCUCUUAUGAUUACACCUGUAAGGAUGCUCGCCGAAUGGACAACAAAAACUUAAACAGAUAUCGGGACGUAAAUCCAUAUGACCACAGUCGGGUGAUUUUAAAACGAGGUGACAAAGAUUACAUCAAUGCUAGUCUUGUGCAUGUGAAGGCAGCUAACCGCACAUAUAUCUUGACACAGGGUCCAUUACCAGCAACUACAAGUCAUUUCUGGCUCAUGGUGUGGGAACAACAGUCCAAGGCUAUUCUCAUGCUGAAUCGCAUCAUUGAAAAGAACACUGUGAAAUGUCAUCAGUACUGGCCUAUGGGGACGGAACAUGGUGGAGAGGAUGAUCUCUUGUUGCCUUCUGUUGGGCUGAAAGUUACCUUUCUCACAGAGAAACCAGCCACAAAUUACACAGUUAGAGAACUACUGCUGACUGACCUUGAGAGUGGCCAGCAGAGGGUGGUUCUGCACUUCCACUACACAACUUGGCCAGACUUUGGAGUUCCAGAGUCACCGGGAGCAUUUCUGACGUUCCUCGGGGCUGUCCGGGAGUCUGGAGCUUUGGAACCAGAUGUUGGACCACCAGUUGUUCACUGCAGUGCAGGCAUUGGGCGUUCAGGAACAUUUUGCCUUGUCGACUCCUGCCUUGUCCUGAUUGCAGCCAGUGGAUGUUGCAUGGAUGAUGUAAAUGUUCAAGAAGUGCUUUUGGAGAUGAGAAAGUUCCGCAUGGGGCUAAUCCAGACUCCAGACCAGCUGCGCUUCUCAUACUUGGCCAUUAUACAGGGGUCAAAACGCCUCAAGGAGGGUGUUCUCCUUUCACAGGCAACCACUCCAACAGACAAUGGCAGCACAAACUUAGAUAGACUCAUAGGAGAACGGCCUACAGCUGAACAGAAUGGCAUGACACCGCAAGAUGAGAGUUCAGAUACAGGCCCCACGGACUCUUCUGACGAUGAGGACGAGGGUGAUGACGAUGUAAGAGUCCAUGAGAUAAGUGCAAACCAGGACACUGUCCCUUCUGUGCCCCCUCCACUGCCACCACGUAUGGUAAAGCGGCCAUCAGAGGACGAGGGUUCGAACAGCUCCACUGAAGCCAGGGACAACAAGGAGAGAAACAGUGACAAAGAAACUGGGCGGGAAAUGGAGUCUCCCCAGAAAAGUGAACGGGACGAGGUGGAACUGCGCAGACGACUACGCAAAGAGCGGCUUGAUCGUACUACACAGACUGUGCAACGUAUGCAACAGAAGCAGCGCAGCAGCGAAGCGUGGGCACGCCGUCGUGUCAUUUUGAAACGUGUGUCUAUGGGCCUUGCGCUACUGCUUGGAACAGGGGUUCUUGUCUACAAGUUUUAUGGAAGUGGACCCACAGAAGUGGUGCCUGCGAAAUCUUAACCCAACAUUCGUGAUGAUAAACUUCUUUUGUACUUAUGUGAAGUCAACUGCAUCAGUGUGUGUGAGAAAGCAAGGAUGCUAGAUUGACAUUGCCAGGUGUGUUUCAUCUGUGUCCCAGGUGCUGUAACUCUAGAGUAAGGGUUGAAACUGGCUGUUUGUAAUUGAACGCAAAAGUAUGUGGUCCAUGGGAAAGUUGGCUAUGCUUCUUAAGUUAUGGUGCAGAGGUUUUCCUUUGUGAUUUUUGUUCUCACUACUUCAAUGUCCUUGUGUUAUGCCAAUGUAGUGUGAGUGCAGCUUUGCAGGUGCUACAGAUGUAUGAGCGGCAGCAUCUCUGAUGAGCCUAGGUAUGUUCGUUGUCUCAAAAUUCAGGAUACGUUGGGUGCAUCUGUGGCAAACAUCCUGAAAUCUCUUAUCUCGUAUGAGAUGGACAAAGUGAGGAACUGGAGCUGUGGGCUGUGCUGUGAGCACUGGCUUAGUGUUUAGUGAAGGUACUCACACUGUGUGUAAAUGUUUGGUAAUAUUACUCUAUUUUGCAGAAUUGAUACAUAUGUGCUAUCGGUAAUAGUAUCACAUGUUUCUUCAUUAUAUAAUGCUGCUGGUAGUAGCAUGAUCAAAAUAAAUUAUGCAACAAAAAAAAAUGGAUACCAAAUGUCACUUUGUGCCAUGGUUGUAGUAGUAGUCAGGAUUAAAGUGGAUGCUGGACGCUUCUAUGGGAAAUCUGUUCAGCUCUGUUGGGUGGCUUCAGGUUGAGGUUAGCAUUGUUACAGCCUUCAGCACUUCGUUGCAGGGGCAACAUGUAGGUUUUAUGCCGACUUCAAGCAUGCAUUUGCCGUUUUGCGAGAAGGUUAAGCCCAAUGCAGUUCAUUGUUGCUGAGGGGCUGGUUAUCUUUCCUAUUGGGUCUAAGUGUUUGUAUUUAAGAUGUAACUGCAUGUUGCAGACCCUAAUUAUACCAAGUGGUUCGUAUGCAUCUAGAAGACUGAUAGUCUGUGUGGUGUGCUAUUGCUUGACUUCAUUUGUUGCAAUUUAAAUGACUGAUUUUAGAUCAUGAUGUAAAUCAAAAUAUAUGUGGGUUACACUUUUCAAGUGUAAAAGAGUAACCAUUUGACAGAUACUUCAGGAUUGUUCUGUGCUUUAUGUUGAAAGGUAUCUAUAAACAGGAAAAAAGGGUCAAGCAUCUGGUAGUAUUGCAUGAGUGGGAUGUGAAAGGUAUCGCUGUCUUUUGUGCAUUCGAAAGAAAGCUCUCAGUGCACAGCAAAAAUGUGGAAUGAUGUCAUGGGGAAAUUGCUAUUACUGUUUAAGAAUAUAUUAUGAAAGCAAGUUGUUUAGCAUAACAUAUAGUACAGGUCUAUGUGGCAACGGGCUGUCAAAAACAAUACUUUUUCACUCUGAUGUUGUGAGAAAUGGUAUUGUGAACGUAUAGUACUGUCUCCCACUUAACUGGUGUAGUUCUCCAGCAUACCCGGAUAUAAUUUAUGUGCACCCACAAGAAAAAAAAUAAUAGCCAGACACAGUGCAUUUGUAACUUGCAAACAAAACUGAGAAACUCCGAGGGAAAUGCUAGGAUGUGACUAAAAGCAACAUUUUGUGAUGAUCUUGCAAACAAAAAUUGCUAUUUUUAUAUAACCCUGAGCCAGGCUCCCCAAACUUUCACUGUACUCAACCACCCCUAGUUUCUGUGAUGCGCAGCAAGCGAAAAAAAAAGGGGGUGGGUGGGUGCUUGUACGUAAGCACUGCUUUUUUAUACAACAAAAAAAUAAAAAGGGAAGUGACCACUUUGAAACAAUUAUUUUUGGCUGGUGUUGCAGGGUUGUUGUUUGUCCAAAACUUGUGUCAUCCACUUGAAAGCAACAAAGUUCCAUGGAUACCAUUGCCUCAGCUGAAGCAUAGCACUAACCAUGAUUGAGUGUAAAAGUUUCACAUUUGUAGGAUUUCUGUUUAUUUUAAUAGGGGUUGUUUAAUAGGGGUUGUGAGGAGAAAGUAAACUUACUGCAUUUGUUGAAAUGCUACGGUCAACCAUGAUUCAUCAAAGUCUGUAUGUGGACAAGAUGCUAUAUUUGUGUGUAGAGUUCUCAUCAGAAUGCCGUCCAUUGUAUGUGGAAUCUGGUGUAGUCUAUGCUUGCCAGAUUUGACAACUUUGUACCAUAGUCAUUUUUAUAUGGAGAUUACCGACAUUUGUCAGUCUUUUACUAUGACUGUUGAUAUGCUAGUUAUGUUGUAGUUUUGAAGCUAUGGGCUGUCUUCGUAAAGUAACAAGUUUUCAUGUGUCCCAGAGUUGAAAUUGUCAUUGUUUGUACUCUGUGCAAAUAGGUCUGUCUGUUACACACCUGAUUGUUUUGGGGUUUCCAAACUAGUGUUCCAGCUGUUCAAGCACAUCGGAAGGUUUAGCAGUUUUUAAGCUAAUCUCAUGGGUUCCCUCCUCCUAAAGCAACAUUCCCUCUCCAUAAAUAACUGGAAGGAGGAUUUGUGCAUCAAUAGUGAGUAACAGGGGCUCACUCUUUACUCAUGGCCUACCAUUAUGAUAAGGAAAGUGGUGGAACUCUUCCACCUGCCAUGUCAAGUCAAAAGUCUGAAAAAUGUUUUCCUGAGUUCAGCUUCAAGUGGUAUUGUCCAAAGCUUUGCUCAGACUUUGUAAUUAGAAAUCUCAAGAUAUUUAAUCUUAAGGAUGUGUUUCCACUACACUUGUGGGCAGUGGGGUCACUACGGGGGUGUGGUCCGCACCUGGUGGUGCAACGAAAGGGAGUGACGCACCGUACCAGUACUCUUUCUUCCCUUUCUCUGUGGUGCGCUGACAACAUAAGGUAUCCUCUGUGAGCACGAUUUUUUUUUCUGCGUGUGGUAUGAUAUCGUACUUAUCACGUAUCGCCUGGCGUGGAAAGGGAUCUAUUAUUGGGGGCUAGGGUGAGGGGUCAUGCAAAUAGCUCCCGCACCAGUGACGCAUACCCUAGUGACACCACUGCUUGUAGGUAUUUUCUAAAUGGCUGCAGCAUACAUUGUUUCAACAUAGCAUAGUUCACUUGGCAAGCAAAGGGUGCAAAUAUAACAGGAGCUGCACAAAGAGUUCCAACAUUUUCGCAAAGGCAACACCCUGUAAAAGCGUCACGCUGAGUAGUGACAGGUUGCCCACUCACAAAACUGGGAUGUCCGUGUGAAAUCGGUUAAAUGACUUAGAGUAAUAAAUGGUUGCUUAAUGCA